CCAUUUGGGAUCGAGCUGAGAGCUUCGUAAGGGAGAGCUAUGACAUUGUAAUCGUUUGGGCAAGUAAAGCAAGACAACGUCAAAAUGAGCAAGAAUUUGAACAUGACGAAUAACUCAGCGCCAAUCGUCAAGAAGUCGAUUAUACCAGGAGUCACCAUUCUACAGUUCGUAGAAAAUAUUCCUGAAGGAUGCAACGCACCCAAUAUUUUACGCAAACCUCUGCCACUCACCAAACCAGAGGGUGCAAGUGCUACGUUUAAAGCAGUGACAGAAGGAAACCCAAAGUGCUCUUUCAUCUGGUCGCACAAAGGAAAAAACCUUGCGAAUGGAAAGAAACAUAAAAUACUCCACAACAAACUAAUGACUGAAUUUACUUUACAGAUAAAAAAAUUGACUAUCAGUGAUGCUGGUUACUACAAAUGCACGGCUUCCAAUGAGUACGGAGAGGCUUUCUGCACAGUCAAUCUCAUCGUUGCACAGGCACAUGGUUCAGAUCCCGCCGAUUUUCUGAAGAUAUUGAAAAAACGCGAAGCAACAGAAAAGAAAGAGGAAUUUUCGGAAGAGUACGUCUGGGAGAUUCUGAUGGAAGCAGACAAGAAAGACUAUGAAAAGAUUUGCCACAAAUACGGUAUCACUAACUAUCGCUACAUGUUGAAACAAUUGAAUCAGAUGAAAAAAGAAAGAGAGGAAAAGCAAGCAGAGUAUGUGACAUCCAUUGCUAAUCUGAAGCGUGUGGAAACAAAGAAAGAUGGUAGCUGCACAUUUGGAUUUGAAAUGGACCUCAAAAAUCCAGCCAGCAAAAUUUUUCUAUACAAGAAUGGGGAAAUGAUCUCAUAUGAUACUGAAGAGAUGAUGAGACAUUAUCUGAAACAAGUCGGCAAGAAGUACACCUUUUGCAUUAAAGAUCUCCAACCUGAUGAUGUGGGAAUGUACAGGGUUGAUGUUGAAGAUGCCACUGUGUUCUCCACCGCGAUUGAAGAAAGUGCCAUCCCAGUUGGUUUUACUUAUCAGCUGAGCGACGUGAAGUGUGAGGAGUCAGAAGAUGCCGUCUUUGAGUGUGCCUCCUCUGUACCACUUGUGGCGAAUUGGACCUUCGGAUCUCAGUCACUAGCAGACGGUGACAAAUACCAAAUUGAAGUUUCACCAGAUAGUUUGAUGCAUUCCCUGACUGUAAAGGACAUCUCUCCUGCCGACAGUGGACUUUAUACUAUUUCUGCAGGCGAGCUAUCGUCUAGCGCACGUCUUAUACUGGAAGAUAGCAAUUUAUCCGGCAAGAGUUCUAAACAUGGUCAAAGGCGAGGGUUGCAUGGCAGCGAUCUAGAUGGUCUUAACAAACUCAAGUCUUCACAAGAUGGUACUAACAGUCAGCGUGGUAAGGGAGAUGGGCAGAAUUCCUCAAAGGAUGGAAUGAAUAGAAUGGGAAAAGACGGACGCGAUGGAUUGGAUGGAAUGGGAAGAGAUGGAAGUAGCGGAUUGGAUGGAAUGGGAAGAGAUGGCCGCAGCGGAUUGGAUGGAAUGGGAAGAGAUGGCCGCAGCGGAUUGGAUGGAAUGGGAAGAGAUGGCCGCAGCGGAUUGGAUGGAAUGGGAAGAGAUGGCCGCAGCGGAUUGGAUGGAAUGGGAAGAGAUGGCCUCAGCGGAUUGGAUGGAAUGGGAAGAGAUGGCCGCAGCGGAUUGGAUGGAAUGGGAAAAGAUGGCCGCAGCGGAUUGGAUGGAAUGGGAAGAGAUGGCCGCAGUGGAUUGGAUGGAAUGGGAAGAGAUGGCCGCAGUGGAUUGGAUGGGAUGGGAAGAGAUGGCCGCAGCGGAUUGGAUGGAAUGGGAAGAGAUGGCCGCAGUGGAUUGGAUGGGAUGGGAAGAGAUGGAAGUAGCGGAGUGGAUGGAAUGGGAAGAGAUGGAAGUAGCGGAUUGGAUGGAAUGGGAAGAGAUGGCCGAGGCGGAUUGGAUGGAAUGGGAAGAGAUGGCCGAGGUGGAUUGGAUGGGAUGGGAAGAGAUGGCCACAGCGGAUUGGAUGGUACGGGAAAAGAUGGACGGGCCGGAUUGGAUGGAAUGGGAAGAGAUGGAAGUAGCGGAUUGGACGGAAUGGGAAAAGAUGGAAGUAGCGGAAUGGACAGAAUGGGAAGAGAUGGCCGUAGCGGAUUGGACGGAAUGGGAAGAGAUGGAAGCAGCGGAUUGGACGGAAUGGGAAGAGAUGGAAGCAGCGGAUUGGACGGGAUGGGCAGAGAUGGAAGCAGCGGAUUGGACGGGAUGGGCAGAGAUGGAAGCAGCGGAUUGGAUGGAAUGGGAAGAGACGGCCGCAGCGGAUUGGAUGGAAUGGGAAGAGAUGGAAGCAGCGGAUUGGACGGAAUGGGAAAAGACGGACGUGGCGGAUUGGAUGGAAUGGGAGCAGACGGAUUGGCUGGUUCCGGUGGUGACGGUAAAACCGGAUUUGGGGGAUUGGGAAAUAAUCUUAAUGCUAGUUCCCACAUUCGGGGGAAAGAUGAAAAUUAUUCGACAGGGCUUGGCGACUCCAGCAAUGAUGCCAAUAAAAACAAAGGUCUGUCCGGCGCGAGUGGGUCUGGCCAAGACGGACAAGGCUUGCAAGAUUCCACUUCGAACAGAGAUGACAGUCAGAAAGGCUCUUCUCGGAGGCGGCAGACAUCGAUGCAAGACGACUCUCUGGCUAGUGAUUCAGCCCGUCAUUUCAAAACCGGCCUCUCAAAUGUUAGCGUUCGAAAGGGACAGGACACUGAGCUGUGCUGUGUGUUGGCCAGUGAGAUGUCAGACGGCUGCUGGUAUAAGAAUGGCAAAAAGAUAAUUGCAGGAGACAAAUCAGAAAUGGUUAAGGACGGAACAAAGCACACGUUGAAAUUACACAAUGUUCAAGAGGAAGAUUCAGGGAUAUAUAGAUUUGAAUCCGAUGGAAGAAAAACUGAAGCCUCUCUACUUAUUGAAGAACCCCCGGAGCUCGAUCAGGACGUGCUCAACCAGCUCAGGAAGAAACCCAUAACGGUUAAGGCCGGUCACACGGCCACGGUGAAGGUUCCGUUCUCGGGGAAGCCGCCGGUGAAAGCGACUUGGUCCAAGGACGGGGAUGAGCUGUUGGACGACAGGAGAAUCUCCAUCAGUAACGACGGGAAAUUCACCCGAUUGUCCAUUUCCAACUGCAGCAGAAAGGACCGGGGGAAGCUAUCAGUUAAACUGAGGAAUGAAAGCGGCACUACGGAGACAUUUGUGGCUGACCUGCUUGUUACUGAUAAACCCCUUUCGCCUCAAGGCCCCGUAGAAGUUGUAGAAAGUUCAGAACAUUGCAUCGCCAUCAAAUGGAAGCCGGUCAGAGAUGAUGGGGGAGUGCCUUUGUCCCACUACACGGUCGAGAGACAGCAGGUCGGAAGAAACACGUGGAACAAAGUCGGGGACGUGGACAAGGACACGACGACAAUCUCCACUGAUAAGGUGGAGCCGCAGAAGAAGUACAUGUUCCGAAUCUGGGCUGUGAACCCCGAAGGUGUCAGUGAGUCACUGGUCUCAGAUGCAGUGGCAGCCGGUAUCAAAGCUCUCGCUGGGCCUCCAGCACCUCCAAAGAUUGUGACCUCGAGCAGCAAAGCCAUCAAACUCUCCUGGGCAGCACCACGCAGCUCAGGGGGAUUACGACUCACUGGAUACUUCAUAGAGAAGCGCAAGAAAGGCAGCAACAUCUGGAAUACCAUUAACGAAGAGCCCAUACCAGAUUUGCAGUGGAUAGUCACUGAUGUAGUUGCAGGGCAGGAGUAUGAAUUCCGAGUGAUAGCUGUCAACUCCUCUGGUCGCGGAGAACCCAGUGGUGAAUCAGAGUCAGUCUUUGCACGGGAGCCAAUGGACCCACCUGGGAUAGUGAAAGACCUCCGAGUCACAUACUCUGACUACUCAAGCAUAUCACUUGCGUGGACUCCUCCAUUGCGCCAGAAUAACGAUUUUGCUGAGGGCUAUCUAGUAGAAGUGAAGUCCUUUGGAAGCACCACUUGGACAAGAUGUAACACUGCAGCUGUGAACAUGACUUCGUACACUGUGAAAGGACUGAAAGAGAUGGGAAAGUAUUCGCUAAGAGUGACAGCUGUCAAUAGUGGUGGAAUGGGUACCCCAUUAGAACUGGACAGAUAUGUCUUCGCAAUGCCUCCUGCAGUUUGCCCCAAAUUUGUAUUGAAUAAAUCGAUCAACAAAUUUAUGGUCAUUGAAGAAGGAAAUUCAAUUCGAACGCAAUUUUCUUUUGAAGGAUCGCCCCCUCCUGAAGUGACUUGGCUGAAGGAUGGAUUACCUCUGUCAAAGGAAGCCACAAUCAUCAACACUACUGAGAACUCUCAACUAUUUAUUCCAGCAUCUCAGAGAUCAGACUCUGGCAUUUACAGCAUUUUCUUGAAGAAUUUCUUUGGGCAAGAAUCAUUUGACUUUGAGAUACGAGUUACAGCCAUCCCCAAACCUCCAGGGCCAUUAACAUUGGAUGAAAAUGUACCAAACACAGUCACUGUGUCCUGGGAAUCAUCCUGGGAUGAACAUCUCGAUGACCACUUGUAUUACGUUGUCAAGAAGAGAGACUCGAGCAGAACAGCUUGGCACACAGUGGGCAAUAACAUCUUCAACAACAGAUUUACGAUCAUCAACAUCAUUCCAGAACGUAAAUACUACUUCAGGGUUCUGGCAAAGAACGACAUGGCCUUCAGUGACCCUUCCGACACAAAGGAGCCCUGGUCCAUCUCCAAGAAAAGAGAUCCUUUCACUUUGAAACUGCCAACGUACAAGGAGGUAAAUAAAAACAGAGUCCCCGUGUUCUCGGUGAAGUUAAAGACUCACAUCGUGCCCAGUGGAUGUGAUGUGAACAUGAGCUGCGCUGUUGAAGGCUAUCCUUUGCCUCAAGUGACCUGGUACAAGAAUAAUAUCGCUCUCGAGAACAAUCGUAACUAUUGGUCUACCAAUGUCUGUGGAGUUUGUUCGCUUUGCAUUUUUGGGGCAAGUCCAAAUGACAGUGGAUUAUACACAGCCAUUGCAGAGAAUUCAUUGGGACGAGCCAUGUGUUCAACUACACUAACAAUUACAGAGUGAAGUGGCUCCAUGGAUCAGUCCGGAUCAGCUGUCCAGUGGAGGAAAUAAAUCAAAUCAAAUCAUUACCACAAUUAUAAGCAAGUGCCAUACUGACUUGAUAUAUAUAUAGAGAUCAGAUUAGGUGCUUAUCGAUAAAGGAAAUGUGCAAACGGCAUUGAUAGUAGCAUUAAAAAAUAUUGUAUUGGAAGUAUU